UUCACCCUUUGCUCAACCUCAGCAUAGCUCCCAUAGCCAUCCUCCCUUGCGGGCUCAGACUACCAACAACACCUACUCAAGUCCUACCACACCCAAAUCCCUGCCAUUCCACACGAUGUCGAGUCAGCCCCUCCUUCAAACCGCUCCUGGCAAGCGCAUUGCCCUGCCCACUCGUGUCGAGCCUAAGGUGUUCUUCGCCAACGAGCGUACCUUCCUCUCCUGGCUCAACUUCACCGUCAUCCUCGGCGGUUUAGCCGUCGGUCUCUUGAACUUCGGUGACCGCAUCGGCCGCAUCUCCGCAGGCCUGUUCACCGUCAUCGCCAUGGCUGCCAUGAUCUAUGCCCUGGUGACCUUCCACUGGCGGGCGCAGAGUAUACGUAAACGCGGCCAGAGUGGCAUCGACGAUCGGUUCGGACCGACCGUGCUGGCGCUGGCGCUUCUGGCCGCUGUGGUUGUGAACUUCAUUCUGCGCAUGACGGAAUAAGAAGAGGACUCUGUGACGAGAGGUUGGUUGGAUUUGUUAUGACCUGGGGAGCAUUGACGAGAUGAGACGGCACUGUUCCAGAGUGCAAACCUGAAUGGGGUCCUUGGAUGACGGAAAGAAAAACAAACUAUGUGAAUGACUUAAGUAGAAGGUAGAUCUAUUUUCGUUUCGUUCGAUGUCGGUGCUG